ACUUGAGCGCUCCUAGUGCCUAGCCAUGUCGUCAUUGUGAAUUUCGUUUCGCUUUUCAAUGUAAAGUCAGUUUUUUAAGUAAUAGUGAUCUCUUAAUGCUAUGACACGAUCCAGUUUCUCAUGAUGGCGAAACCAGUGACGCAGAAAGGUGCCCAAAGAUCUUUUACCCGCUGCUGUGUUCCAACUUGCUCAAAUAAUGCGUACAAUACCAACGGCGUGUCCUUCUUCAGAUUUCCUAAAGAUGCAGAAAGGUGUCGCAAAUGGGUUGCCAACUGUGGCAGAAAGGACCUGCAAACUAAGUCAGCGGAGAAGUUGUUUGCGAACUAUCGCAUAUGCUCUGCGCACUUCAAGAAAGAAGAUUUCAGCACAACCCACUGUAACCGUCUUAUCUGGAACGCAGUGCCCACUGUGUUCAAGCGAUACAAAGUACCCAGCUCCUCUACUGGCAUCGUCAAAGCGAAACAGAAGUACCGCAAACUGUUUGGAUUUGCAACAAGGAGGAAGCCUAUUGCUCUGCCCCGUAAUGAACCCCCUGUGCAUGCUACUGUGUCGUGCAUUAAAAGCUCGGGUGCAGGAGUGGAGCGUAACGUAAGGCCUGCUCAAGUUGAGACUGCCCCAGAAGCAGAGAGUGCACCUCUACAAAUCCAGCAGGAUCCUGCUCCAAAAUCAGACGAAGACAGUGAAGGGGUGGACGAAGGCCCGCGACUUCCAGUGUUCAUCGAGGACCACUGCUAUGCUGUUAACUCUCUUGCCAUGGCAGAAACCAUCAAAGUAAUUCAGAUUGAGCUGGAAAGGCAGUCAUCAACGGAUGUGACUGACAUGCAGAGCCAUCCUGGGCUGACUUCUGAACUGAUGCCUGCUGUGGAAGCUCUCACUGCACUGGGCAUCCCACCCCAACUAGUGGAAAGACCUUCUUCCCCUUCAGAGGCUCCUUCGUCACUGGCCAAGCGCCCGCGUUCCAAGAAAGGUCCCAGGCUCAUGCAGGACUUCCUACUUCCACACCUGGACAGGGGCACAUUUGGAGAUAGGCUCAAGUGGAUUGACCGUGCCAAUGGAAUCUUCCAGAUUGGCUGGUACCAUAAGAACGGAGCAGAGUGGAAAAACGACGACUGCAUCGUCUUCCUGGAAUGGGACAGACUAAAGAAGCGUCCAGUGGCACAAUCACCUCAUUACUGGAUGGAGGCCAAGCAGAGAUUCAGAGCUGCUCUGGGAAAAGUGUCCUAUGGUUGGAGCCAUCCAGCUGCGGCGGACCAGAAAAAUGUCAAGAUCCGCAAAGUUAAAUGGAACAAAGACAUGACGGACACAGAGCCUCACCCUAACUCUGGCUCCACGCGUGUCCCACGCAUGGGUCGUGUGCACCGUCCAGUCAUCAGCCGAAUUCGCAAGGUGUCCUCUCCUCCUCGUGUGAAAGAAGAGGAGGAGGAAGAAGAAGAAGAUGAUGACUGGAACCCAGUAGACAAAGAUACCCCCUCGGUGUGUCACAGGUGUGGCUACAUGACACGCAACCGGCGGGUGUUCCUGCGCCACCGGAUGAUGCACCGUGACGUGCGUGCGUUUUGUUGUCGUUACUGCCCUCAGCGGUUCUGCUUGCCCGAGAGCUUGUUCUUGCACCUUCAGGUGCAUUCAGAGACGUAUCCUUAUACGUGCACUAGUUGCGGAGUUCGCACCCGUCUCCUCCUUCAGCUGUGGCGACACGAGCUCCGCCGUAUCGCUGAACGUGUCUGCUUGUGCCACCGCUGCGGCAUCAUGUGCCAUGUUAGGUCUAACCUACGCCUCCACCUGCAGCGAGCACAUGGGAUCAUCCGGCGCUCCACCAAGCCCUACUCCUGUGCCCUUGGAGGCAAGGCUGCUGCGGCCGAUCCAUUUUCCGACACCUCAUCUUCCCUGUCUCCCCUGCCACCAUCUAAGGCAGCAAAGACAAAGAAGGCUGUGAAACGACCUGCAAGAACGCCCAAGUCUGAACCCAAGCAUAAAAAGGCGAAGGCCAGCAGCGGUGAAGAAGUCAAGGCACCACGACUGAAGGGGCCAAAGCAGACGCCGAACAGAUCGCCGUCUGCUAUGAAAUCAAAACGUGCGAAAACAGCGAAAGCUGCAAAGACUCCCGUCAGCCAGAUCAUCCAGUCAUCGUCGGACGACAACAUGUCGGCUCUGGACGUUCUGUCUUCAACGUCCGUCACGUUGGCAGAGCUGGAGGCAGCUGCUAGAAGUGACAGUGUCAACUUUGUAGAAAUCGAGGGGCAGGUUGUGCAGUCGGGUGACUCUGUCAUGCAGGUGACAUUGGACGAUAUGGCACAUGUGGUGUUGGUGUCCGCGGAGCCCGUUGAAAUGCCCGCCGCGCCUGCAACUGUGGCGGCUGCCCAGACACCUGCGGCUACCAGUGAAGUGACAGCGGUAAGAGGCUUGACGAAAAGAGUAAGGGUGCCGAAGAAGAUCUUGUCCUUAUAAGUCUUGUCACAGUUCUUCGCUCUGUUUUCCAAUCUUUCGUUCAUCCCUCUCUGAGGAGAACGAUGCGAGAAAAAGUUGUUCUGGAAUAGGGACAAUGCAAGUUGCGUAAUUGCUGUUACCAUUGUAUAUUUCCAUAAGACUCAUUGUGUGACAAAUAAUGAAUGGAGGAAUGGUUGAGAAGGUUUGUACUGGUUCCACUGUUUCUACUAUUUCCGUCACUCUCUCACCGUGUAUAAAGUCCGUAUAAAUCCUGAGGUGACAGUUGAGCCAUGCGUUGAACAAGCAUCACAUAAAAGUGUAGACAAACGUCCACAUGCAAUACACGCUUGGUGAUUGUUAUACUUGUGUCAUGCUCCAACAACAGGAGUUAUGGAGUAGGGUCGUGUGAAUGUUGGAAAAUUUUAAAUAUCAAAAUCGGCAGUUGUCUUACGGACACGGACUGUGUCAGGCCAUUGUUGUGAGCCACUUUGUUUUCUCGCAGCCACAGUUGGUGUGCCUGUGCAUGCUGCCAUUAUUGCACCACAUUGCUGUUGCACAAGUAGUUAUCAAUCUAGCAGUGACACAGUGAUAUGUGUGCGUGCAACAAGUAUCGGUCCAUCAAUACAGACAUGCCGGAGACACUGCCUUGGGAAACAAAUCAGAAUUUUCAGAAGGCCAUGUUUUCAGAUGUGGCUUACAGGAAUUUUAGCUAAAUAUUAUAUGAGAAAUAAGAAAUAAUAUCAAAGUGUAGAAUCAGCUUGUAGAUAAGUCUAACAAUCAAAACAAUCCGAGAUAAUGAAAAACGAGAGCACAGACGGCUGUCACUCUCACUGCACUACCAAGCACUGUACUAGGAAAUGUUGACUUCAUGAUCAUUGCAUUACAGGGCUCCCCUCCUGCAUAGUCAUGUGGAGCCACGUUGUCGCAUAUGAUGGCCCUCCGCAAGUGAAUGUGUGGCCCUUGUGUAAUGUAAUGCAAGCCUCAGGUUGGCAUUGGUCGGCUAGAGAUCGGGCCAAAUCAGAUCUAUACCCACUACUCCCUGCUACGUUCUACCCUACCCUACUGAACUGUCUCUGCGAUAUUUGUGCUGAUUUAAGUUUGCUGAUUUUUUCCUCUGCUCGAACUUCCCUAUAUGAAAUUAUUAUCUUGUUUAGUCUACUCCCAUUUAUGCUAUUGAGCAUAUGAAGUGUCGCUUUCAUUGAUUUUCCUACGUUGUUUUUCUGCGUUUACAUCAUGAGUAGUGCAUUUGUCAUACAUCAUGCAUACAUCGUUUUUGUGAGUUCCUCUAUUCAUGAAGCACCCUAAGUUACUCUCAGGGACACAAUGUUCUGUACAUAGUACAAUUUUUUUUUUUUUUUCUAUUUUAUGUUGCAGAUGUGCUGUACAUUGAUUAAGUUGCUAUACAUUGAUUGAUAGAUUAAGCUUGCUACACAUGCAAUUGAGGCUCAUUGUUUCGGCAACGUUUCAACUCUCAUCCACCAGAAGUGUGAAAAUUAAUUGAAUUAGAAGUGUGACAUUUGAUGGAAUUGAAGUGAUAUUGACCGCAUAUGCGGAGUGGCCCGGGAAGCCAAACUGCUGUUCAUAGUGGGCUGCAGUUUAUCAGCAAUGUGGCCAUAUGCAGAAUAUUAUGUACACGUUAGAGUGGUUACACAAAUAAAUAUACGUUUUGAUGUAUGCAA